AUGGAGAAGCUGUCCUUGAUUCUAUUGCUUUGCUCAAUGUUCAUAGCCAUUCCGGUGGUUCGCAGCAUUGCUCAAGAGCCCGAAGCAGUGGAAGAGUGGUUCGAAAAGGUCGGCCAUGCAAAGGAAAAGGUAACCAAGCUUCGUUUCUACUUCCAUGACCUGUCAAAUGGGAAGAGCCCAACUGCUGUGCAGGUUGCACAAGCCAACAUAUCCUAUACAUCAUCCACCUACUUUGGCGCGGUUAAUAUGAUGGAUGACCCAUUAACGGUUGGGCCUGAGCUAUCUUCCAAACUCGUGGGCCGAUCCCAGGGGCUUUAUGGUUCAGCAUGCUUUGCAGAAAUUGGAAUGCUCAUGGUUGCCAACUUCGUCUUCACAGAUGGAGAAUACAAUGGCAGCACUCUCGCUUUCAUGGGCCGCAAUGCAUACAUGCAUGAGUACCGUGAGAUGUCUAUCAUUGGUGGCUCCGGCAUUUUUCGAUUAGCACGUGGAGUUGUUACAUUGAAUACUUACUUCUUCAAUGCUACCGCGGGUAUCGCUACGGUUGAGGUCAAUGUUUUAGUUAUCCAUCAUUAA